CGUGUUUUGUUUCGCGAUCAAGGUCGGUGACGUCACAGUGCUGAAGCGGAAGUAGCUGUUAGUUCUGAGGAUGAGCUGUGAGAGGAGACUGCAAAGUGCUUUUAAAAAUACUCACAAAUCCUGAAAACAGUUUUUAGCCGAGAAGUCAUGAAGACAGUGUUUGUAACUGUUGGCACCACGAGCUUCGAUGACCUCAUUGAAGGCAUCACGUGUCCAGAGACCGUCCAGGUUUUAAAGGCUCGUGGAUAUGAGCGUUUGGUUCUUCAGGUGGGAAGAGGAUCUAUUCUUCCAGCUGCUGACAGCUGUCCACACGUCAUACUGGAGGCUUAUCGGUUCAAAGACUCUAUAGCAGAAGACAUCAAGCAGGCGGACCUCGUCAUCAGCCAUGCAGGAUGUUUGAUGGUGUCUUCGUGCUCAGGAGCAGGAAGCUGUUUGGAGACGCUCGGAGCAGGAAAACCUCUGCUGGUCGUCGUCAAUGACAAGCUGAUGAACAACCACCAGCUGGAGAUGGCCCGACAGCUGCACAUGGACUCCCACCUGUUGUACUGCACAUGCAGCACUCUGACAGAAACACUGAGGACGAUGGAUCUCUCUGUUCUCCAGCCUUUCUUGCCCGGACAGCCCAAGCAUUUCGCGAAUUUCCUCGACAAAGCCCUCGGUGUUCAGUGAAGCUUUAAUCUGACUGCUUGUUUUCUGUAAAACUGAAGUUCGAUGAUCUUGUUUUAGUAGAUCGUGAUUUGUGGUUCUUCAUUGUGAUUGCACAGCACAUCUGACACUAUUUUUGUAUGCAAUAAUAAUAAUAUAUGUCUUAUUUAAAAU